UCAAAAAAUAUAUAUAUAUCUAUAUCUAUAUAUACAUAUAUACCAUGUGUGGCAACAAAAGAAUAGCAGCACCAACUUUCUUUUGCAGAUGGGAAUCCAAACGAUAGCGCUGAUAGCGUGGACGGUAUGGAUGGUUAUAGCAAGGGGCGUGGCGUCGGAGUGUAAUUAUUUCCAUGACAUAGCAGAACGUAAAAUUCGACAGAUCAAGGGGACUGAAAAAUUAUUGCUAGAGGUAACUGAUCCAAAAUACAGUGGAAAACGCAUAAGAAGGGGAGUACUUAAUUUCGUUGGUGAAAUUAGUAAGAUUCUUUUCGGAACUAUGGAUAAUGAUGAUGCUAAAUAUUACAAUGAGCAGAUACGACACUUUGAAGAAAAUUCUGAUAGCAUGACGAACCUGUUGAAACAACAGUUGUCUGUAGUAAAAUCCACUCUAGGGGCCAUAAACGAAACCCUCUCGGAUAUGGAGUACAAUGAGGAUGUCGUAAAGAGGGGACUAUCCCAAAUUAAGGCGUAUGUAGAAUCAGUGAUUUCAAAUACCACCCGAGUUACUGAUGCUUUGGCUGAUAAGAUUACGGUAGAAAGCCACAUUGCACGCGUGAAUGAGGCAUUGAAUACUCUACAAAGAAGCCUCGAUGUAGUGAUUGAUAGCAUUAUCAACGCGAGGAAGGGAAUUCUGCAACCGCAAGUGGUACCCCCCAGCCUCCUGAUGGACGCCUUAACACGAAGUUUCCCGUCUUUUCCUAAGGAAACUAUGGCUCCCUUCCCCUUGAGCAAAGACUCUAUAAACUUACUGCUUAAAAUUUGUGAUAUACAUGUCUAUUUGAGUGAUGGUAUAUUGGGUUACGUGGUAGAGUUACCACUGGUGAACAGAGGAAAUUUUAAGAUACUCAAAAUGACUCCAAUACCAGUAGCGCUAGACUUAAAUAAGUUUCUGUAUAUUGAUACUGCUGAAUCCAUGUUGUGCCUUGAUCAAGCAAGACAAUAUUACUUAAUGUUAACCGAAGACGAGCUAAGGCAAUGUAAAACCAAGGACUCCAACUCAUAUGUGUGCAAACAAAAACAUCCUUUAAUGUCUAGCCAUGUACAUGAGUCUUGUUACAUUAGGCUACUGCAGUCAAAUGAGAGGAUCCCAAGGAGUUGUGAAACUAGAAUAGCGAAAUUAACUAAUACUGUAUGGGUACAGUUAAUGAAUAAUGAAUGGAUAUAUUUCUCCCCUUCCAUAGACAGUGUAACAGUGCUAUGUGACGGGAAGGAACCUGCUGACGUGUUGCUUACAGGAGUGGGAAAAUUAAGUAUCAAUAGUGGGUGCAAAGGGUAUAGCACCUCGGCGUUGCUGCAAACCAGUUUUACUGUAGCCAGUAAUUCAUCUGUGAAAGGAGGAGACCUGCUCACGCAAGUCCCCCUCCGAUUUGAUUGUUGUGAGGAACUCAAUAUGAGGGUCAACCUUAGUAGCAUACAUUUAGAUAUGAAGUUCAAGCAAAUUGUUUCCCACUUAAAUGAUUUGAAAUAUGCUAGUUUCAAGGUUUCCGACCUAGAAAAGGAAAUACAAGAACAAGAAUGGAAAAACAAACACAUCAGCAGCCAUAUAUCUUAUUCUGUAAUGGUAUAUAUUAUUUUUGCAAUUAUUGGUCUGCAAAACUGAGCAUGGAGAUUUAACUUCUGGCGUGUAUUGUGAUUAUGAACUACAUUAUUUUGUUCUAACUUUUCUAAAUGUAGUUUAACAUGGCAUACUAUUCCAAAUAUAUUACACACAAGGUAGUGGAAGUAGGUUUAAAUCCUUAAAGAGUUGUCUACAUGAUGCUAAUCUACUCACACCACUAAUUAUUCUAACAAUUCGUUUCUGCAAUUUAAAUAUAAUUUUACUUUUUGGGUCGCUACCCCAGAAAAUUAAACCAUACUUCAAAUAAGCAUGGAAGUGAGCAAAGUAAAUACUCCUAAUAACCUGUUGGCUUGUUACAUCCCUAAGGGAUUUUAUCAUGUAACAGACUUUAUGAAGUUUUGAGCUUAAGAACAUCAUAUGUGAUUUCCACUCCAUAUGUUCACAAACAUGUAAACACAGAAAUUUCGUUUCACAUUUCUAGGAGAUCUCCAUUUUGCCAAAUUUGAUUUGAGGUUUUAUCAAAUCUCUUUCUUGUCUAUUAUGAAAUGUCAUUGCUAUUGUUUUCUCAGCAUUCAAUAUAAGAUUAUUUGCAUUGAACCAUCCAUAUAACUCGUUCAUGACUUUAUUUAUCUUUUGCUGCAGGAUAUGUUCCUUUUCAGCUGUUACCAAAAUAUUUAUAUCAUCUGCAAACAAAACUAUCCUCGCCUCUUUGAUAUUCAAAGGCGGAUCAUUUCUGUAUAA